AUGGGCUCAUUUAGCGUUCCCGAAUCCCCAAUUCCAGCGCGGCCUGCGAAGUCGGCGGCCGCUGCUAAAAAGCCAUCCUCAAGAACGUAUGACGCCAACACGUCCAUAGGCAAGCGCAAAGAACGCUCCAAUUCAGACGAGUCCGGCGGUACCGGACUGAACCAACAGUCACCAGCGAAGAAGAAAAAGCGAACAUCAUCAGACGGUCGUUCUUCGGAGAAGAGGGCGACUGACUCUAGACCCUCUUCAACACCACGAACACAUUCCAAGCACAGCCACGAGAAGGCGAUACCAAAUGGACCCCGGCCGAAGCACGAACCCGCUUGUACGCCAAAACGUCAGUCGGAACCCCCUCAACAUCCGCCUCUAAACGCAUGUGGACACACGAUUCAUCCCGUCUAUAGCGAGAAUUACACUAAAGCCAUGUGCCCGAUGUGUUUGGUAGAUGCUUCAAUGAAGACGCUCCAGCACAUCCAAGACUUUAUCAACGCCCACGAUGGCUUGCCUCAAUGGAAAGAGAAUCUCGAGGGCCACUAUGCUAAGUUGACUUACCAUGUCGCCAGUCUGGGUGGUAAGAAAGGGAGGAAUGCGAAUGGAACAGAUGUGUCCUACAGACACUGCAAGAGAAACUUAGCCAACCUGAUAAACGAGAUAGAAGAUCUUUCCGAGAUGGAGCUGGCCUGGGAAGCGAAACAGUCUCCCGAGAACAACGACGUUUACGUGGAACAUAUCCGACUCAGGAAGCAGUACAGUGCUACAGCUGCACUGCACUGGUACAAAGACACCGAACACAAUGGCUUCAUCGGUCGAGUCGAGGAGGACUGCGAGAUCUUCAGUCGACGCCGUGGUCGGCGCUGGGCAAUCGCAAGCGAUCCAGAUUUCCCUGACCGAGAUGGCCAUGAACAUGAUCUAGGGUGGAAAUCGCUCAAGAAAAUCCAGCAUAAGCUUCUCAACGAAUCCGAUAUCCCUAGGGUUCUUAGGACCGAUGUCGCAGCGCAACUGCCGACGCGAAAGCGCCGACGAGAAGGCGCAAGCGUUUCAUGGAACGAAGAUGUUUACGUUCGCACAGAUGCUGACGUGGACGCGCUCCGUAAGGCAACAAGCUCGCUCUCAGAAGAGUUUCUCGAGCCUUCUCCAAAGAGGCCUAAGAUAGGCGUUCUUCGCACAACUCCACUCGAGGUCGAACGAGAGCUUAUUCCCGCUACACCAGUCGCGAUAGACUCAAACCCUAUUCGCCCUCACUACGUCAUCCCGCUGAGCCGCAAUGGACCUCCAAGAGACGUUAUUAGGAGCACCAUGUGCCGAAGGAAUAGACGGCGAUACACGAGGGGACAAUGGGCAGUUCCGGAGGGGAGCGAAAUCAUCGAUACCAGUGGAUAUCGCAAGAACUUCGACGUCCAUGUCGCGAAUAUGGAGCAGCUGCAGAUCGAGGCUGUGAAGUUGGACCGAGAAGACCUUGGCGGGGAUACAGAGAUGAGGGACGCUCCUGCCGCUGAUGCGCAAAGAUCAACACCACAGCCGUCGCGGUGGUCACCAAGCCUUGGGGGUCGACUGGUGAAUUGCAUCGCCAACCUUGGUGUCUUCCAUUUUCCGGGUUUUGACAGACAAGAUCGUGGCGGUGGUGAAACUUCGGCGCCGCAAAACAAUGCUAGACACGCCAGUCUCCUGGCUUGA